UGGAGCAUCAGUGCGAAAAUGGUUGGCUGCCUGGAGACACGGCGACUACUGGUCAUACUUCUGCUGGCCCUUGGCUUUUGCCUGGGAGGCUCAAAGGAUGCGGAUGUGGAAGCGGAUGCCAAGUGGAUGGCUCCGCUCAAACAGUAUGGAUACACAGCCAAACAACUGAAGAACAAGGUGGAGCACGGUGAAUUCACCACCUUCGAGUUGGGCACCCCCAACUACCGGAUCCUUAACCCGGACGACGAACCGGAGUACAUUACUGCAGACCAGCCGCACUACCAGGAGAUGCUCAAGCGACUGACCAGUGCUCAAAGUGGAUCGGAUACCAUCGAUGUCGAAAUGGCAAGUCGAAGGGAAACCGUUCGGGAGGUUCCCAAACAGAGUCCCACCCAGAAAUUUUCUAAAAUCCAAAAACAAGUUAAACCAAAAUCACAGCUCGAACCCAACCGCUGGGAAAAACUCAAGAAGCGCAGCUCCAUGCAAAGGAGGCGUGAUUACCAGGAAACCGCGGAGCCAGAUGCAAGGGAUGAGCAAAGUUUCAUUCCGGAUAUUCGGGUUUACUCCGGAGCCAGACCCUUCCAAAGUCGCGUGGCCAAUCUCAAUUAAGAAAAUAUUGGUGAACGAUAUCCGAAACUCACUUUGCUUUUUUAAAUAUUUGUUCAUUAUUUCGGUUUUAAAUUAAAUUUAAAACAUUAUUCUAUGAAUAAAUAGCUGACAGUUCA